AUGACAGUCGGGCUUUUGUUGAUGACAUGGAUCUUAGGUCAAAGGGUUCUCGGCCUGCCUUCUAAAGGCUGCGUUGAUCCUCAACCACUGACCUGCAACAAACUCGAGAUACCGCCAAUUGAUGGCUUUGAUGUCAUAGUUGCCGAGAGUAACGAGGUCCGCGACUAUGUCCUACCUACUGACCCAACGUCGAAAUUCGACUUUUGCAACUUUACUCUAACACUCAAUCACCAUGGCGCAGACGACGUUGUGUUUGUGAGCAUUUGGCUACCCCCUGAAGAUACCUGGAACGGCCGGUUUCUCGCCACUGGUGGUGGCGGUCUUGCUGCGGGUACCUUUGCCUCAGCUCUCGCAGGGCCUGUCUCCGAGGGAUUUGCUGCUGGCUCGACGGAUGCCGGGCUAACGCUGAAUCACACGAUUGACGCGAACUCUGGUCAAUGGGCUCUCAGAGCCAACGGCAGUAUCAACGAGCCAUUGAUCGAAAACUUUGCCACGCGGUCCAUCCAUGAGAUGGCACUUAUCGGCAAAGAGGCAGUCAGGGCAUUCUACGGUACCAAACCCCACCAUUCUUACUACAGCGGCUGCUCCCAGGGUGGGCGACAGGGCUACUUCGCUGCUCAAUACGAUCCGUAUGACUUCGAUGGUGUCUUGGCCAAUGCCCCAGCCAUCAACACCCCUCAGUUAUCCCCUGCAGACUUUUGGCCGUCGGUGGUCAUGGGAAACAUUGCCGCACCACCACAGUGCGUCUUCUUGGAGUACCAAAAGGCAAUCAUUGCGGAGUGCGAUCCACAGGAUGGCGCAAAGGAUGGCCUCAUCUCAGCGCCCGAGAAGUGUCAGUUUGAUACCAGCCAACUCAUUGGGCAAAGUAUCAACUGCAGUGAUACCGGUGGACCUGUCGUGAUAACGGAGGACUUUGCCGAAGUCAUUGCAAAAACACUUGAAGGCUCAAGAACUACAACAGGCAACUUCUUGUGGUAUGGAAACCCACCAGGCGCGCCCUUCACCGGCCUCGCCAAUACGAAGACGGUUGACGGUGUCACCGUGCCGGUGCCAUUCGCCGCGGCCGAAGCAUGGAUGCGAUAUUUCGUAGCACAGGAUCCAGAUCUUGAUACCGCAUCUCUCACGUUUGCAGAGUUUGAGGAUAUCUUCAACGAGUCCGUGGCAAAGUACACGAAGCCUUUUGGAUCCGAUGAUUUCGAUCUCAAGGAGUUCAAGAAAGCGGGAGGGAAGCUGUUGACUUGGCACGGCAUGGGUGAUCCGCUCAUCACCCAUCUCGGGACGACACUAUUCUGGGACAGACUUCGAGAGCGGGUGGGUGGCGUGGAAUCUCUGGGGAGCUUCUAUCGGUUGUUCUUGGCGCCGGGGGCAGGACAUUGCGGUGGUGGGUACGGCCCCGUCCCUGUUGAGCCACUCUCUGUUCUCAUCGACUGGGUCGAAACUGGCAAGGCCCCAGAUACUUUACUUGCUGUGACGACGCAGGAUGGUAUCAACACGACUCGGAACCUCUGUCCUUACCCCCAGUCUAUCAAGUACAAAGGAACUGGGGACGUGAAAGAUGCCACGAGCUUCAAGUGCGAGUGA